ACAGGCGGAGGCAAAACCCAGCAGCUCUAGUAGCCCUUCAAGGAACUUUACAGUGUACUGUAUGUGGUAGUGCAUGACAAGGACCAUGGCAGCAGCAGACUGGGUCUUCUUGCUGUCUGCACUGCUAUCUCUGGCAUUCACAGUGGAGCAUAACCACAGAAGGGAGAUAGAUACCUACCAUGUGAGUGUUGGCCACCUCUUCCUGCUGAGGUGCCACAUUGCUGACUCUCACACCAACUUGACCUGGAGAAGAGUUGGGAAGCACAAUCUGAGCCUGCCCACUGGAGUUGAAGUCAGGGACGGGUUACUGUGGUUUCUACCUGUCCAGAUGUCUCAUCAUGGAUCCUACACCUGUGAAAAAAGCGACAAGACUAGAUUAUUGCAGAUGAGGUUUGGGGUGUCAGUGUCCAGUGAAGAGUGUCCAGAUCCACCUGAGAUCAUAUCCAUCACCCAGGGAGUCAGUGGAGGCCUUCCUUGCAAACAGAGGGAGAUCUUCAGACUGAAUAACACAAGGAACAUACGAUGGAUGAAGGACUGCCACCCAGUGGAGCAGCAAGGGGAGCCCAUCUCUGUGGAUAAGAAUGGCUUCAUGAGACUCCCUGUAGCCUCAGAGAGGGAUGCUGGGAAAUACACCUGCCUGGUAGACAUUAGCUUGGAUGGCAGGAAAUACACCGCUGCACGCAGCAUCCAGCUGACAAUUAACAACGAUCUGGUAGAUACAGUUGCUGCAGAGCCCGAGGUGGUGUUCCCUCAACAGGAAGUUGUCAUUGUUGAAGUUGGUACUAGAGCGGAGCUAAAGUGUUUAGCCUACAUAGGCUUCAGUGACGACAAUGACACUCAGAUGUACUGGACUGUUAACGAAACCUACAUUGAGGAUCACAAGGAACUCUAUGAGUCCUGGAAAUAUACUCACAACAGAGGCAGAGUGUAUGGUCUGUCCACUCUGUCCAUCUCCAAAGUUCUUCGUCAGUUCCUGAAUGUCCCCAUUCAUUGCAUAAUAGAGAACCUAGCUGGAAUGAACGUCGGCUUGGUGUGGCUUCAAGAAGCUGACCGCAGUGCUCUCUACACCACUGUGGCUCUUGGGCUCACUGCCUUCCUGGCUAUUCUGGCUGCUGCCUUCCUCUUCUUUAAAGUAGAUCUAGUGCUGGCUUACAGGAAACUGUUGAGACAUUUUCCAAAGCAACAAGCUCCAGAUGGGAAGCUUUAUGACGCCUAUGUGAGCUUCCUCCAUCCUGACACCAUGAGUUCAGAUGAGACGGCGAGUUUAGCCCUGCAGAUCCUGCCUGAGGUGCUGGAGAAACAACACGGCUACUCACUGUACAUCAGAGGGCGGGACGACUGCCCCGGAGAAGCGGUGCAUGAUGCCAUUGCUGCGACAGUGUACAAAUGCCGCAGGCUGAUAAUCAUCAUUUCACCUGCAAAACCCUCCACUGAUGACAAAACAGAGGAAGUACUCUUGCAUGACAACCACUUCCAGCUGUGCUAUGAGCAGAAAGUUGGCCUUCAUGAUGCCUUGAUCCAGAAUGAUCCCCGAGUGAUUCUGGUGGAAAUUGAUGGUCCGGUGGAUUACAGUUGUCUGCCUGAGUCUCUGCGCUAUAUCAAGAGGAAACAAGGAGCUCUGGAGUGGAAGAAACCCUCCCUUGGAGCCCAAAAACUCACCAAAUUGCGCUCAAACAGAAACUUCUGGAAGAAUCUCAGAUAUCAAAUGCCCUCUGUGCCUACAGGGAAACUCUAGACUAUUGUGUAGACCAGGUGAAAAAUAUUUUUUUCCUAAAGAUGGGAUCCAACAUAGAUGUUAUGUUUAUUACAUCAGGACCAUCGGGUCUGUUUCCUGGAAACACUGUCAUUCACCUGAAUUGUGUGGUGAUAACUGUCAACAAACAGAACUGGUUGCUUGGUUGCAGAAGAGACCUCUCCGGGAUUUUUUGCUGAUACAAAACAAGAAUACUUUACAAAUGAUAAAGCUUUGUUCCACAGACUACAGACUUUCAUCACAGGCUCUUACAUGUUUGCUCUUCAGAAAGGGGGUUGCCUAUAAUUUUCUUAUUAAGAAUUGCAGCCCAUUUACACUGUGGUUUGUCAUUUAUAUUUAAGGCUGUGGUGGUUUGGUAAUUCCAGUGGUCAAUAUUUGAUUUUAGUAUGUCCUUUUAGUAAGGUUUAUUGUGACAACACCCUAAUGUGCAGGUCAUCUAUGUUGUUGUUUGCACCUCCUCGGAGGGAAAGGUUUUUUAAGACUAAAUAGUUAUAAAAUGUACUUGAAAUAAUAUUUAGAUUUCUAUUGUUAAGACUGCUGUGUUGUAUAUUGAUGUGAUUGCUGAGGAUUGCUCGACAGAGUGCUAAACAUUUAUUGUCCUUACCUAGAAAGUAACCUGUAUUUAUGUGACCUUUUUGUUGUACUGUAAGAUGCUAUGAGAAGGAGUAUCAUCCCUGAUAAGUGUGUGACCUUACUUUCAUUGAAGUCCUUGUGAGGGAGAUGUGUUGCUCAUGUGAGCAAUGAUUAAAGAUACUAUGAUUACA